AUGUGGCGUGACUGCUGCCUCCAGCUGCUGGCAGCGACCUGGGUGCUGCUGCUGGUGAUGAGAGCCUUGGCCAUGGAGUGCCCCAAGAUCAAGGUGGGGACGUGCAAGGACUGCAUCCAGUCCGGGCCUGGCUGUGCCUGGUGCAAGAAGCCGAAUUUCACCAAAGCUGGUGAGCCAGACUUCAUCCGCUGCGACACCAUCGAGCAGCUGCAGCAGAGGGGCUGCCCACCUGACAUGAUGGAGUUUCCAACCAACAUCAUUACGAGGACGCAGGACCGUCCCCUAAGCAACGACGUGCAGCUGAGCCCCCAGGAGGUGCACCUGAAACUGAGGAUAGGCCAGCCUGCUGCAUUUGAGGUGAAGUUUCGCCGUGCCAUGGGGUACCCCAUUGACCUCUACUACCUCAUGGACCUCUCCUACUCUAUGCUGGAUGACCUGGAGAACGUGAAGAAGCUGGGAGGGGAGCUGCUCAGGGCGCUGGAGAGCACCACCCCUUCUCGCCGCAUAGGGUUUGGCUCCUUCGUGGACAAGACGGUGCUGCCCUUUGUGAACACGCACCCCGAGAAGCUGCAGAACCCCUGCCCCAAGAAGGACAAGAAGUGCCAGCCUCCCUUCGCCUUCAAGCACAUCCUCUCGCUGACCGACAACGCCCAGCAGUUCGAGACCGAAGUGGGGAAGCAGUUCAUCUCGGGAAACCUGGAUGCCCCGGAGGGGGGGCUCGAUGCCAUGAUGCAGGCAGCAGUGUGUGGGGACUUGAUUGGCUGGCGCAACGUGCCCCGCCUGCUGGUGUAUGCCACGGAUGAUGGCUUCCACUUUGCUGGUGAUGGCAAACUCGGGGCCAUCCUGACCCCCAACGACGGCAAGUGCCACCUGGAAGACAACAUGUACAAGAAGAGCAACGAGUUCGACUACCCGUCUGUUGGCCAGCUGGUCCAGAAACUCGCUGAAAACAACAUUCAGCCCAUUUUUGCUGUCACCAGUAAGGUAGUGGAUGUUUACAAGAAACUCAGUGAGAUGAUCCCAAAGUCAGCAGUGGGGGAGUUGAACCAGGACUCCAGCAACAUCAUUGAGCUCAUCCAGGAGGCCUACAAUAACCUCUCCUCACGGAUCAUCCUGGACCACUCCACCCUGCCAGAUGUCCUGGAUGUCAAAUAUGACUCCACAUGCAGUAAUGGCAAGACCCUCUUCAACGAAGCAAAAGGGCAAUGUGACGAUGUCAAGAUCAACAAUGAGGUCACCUUCAAAGUGAAGGUCACGGCCAAAGUGUGCAUCAAAAGCCAGUCCUUCACCAUCCGACCGCUGGGCUUCACAGACACCCUCACUGUCCACCUGGAGAGCAACUGCAACUGCAGCUGCAACGAGCAGCCCGACCCAAACGCCUGCAGUGGGCAAGGCAGCAUCGUCUGUGGGAUCUGCAGCUGCAACUCAGGCUACACGGGGAAGAACUGCGAGUGCGAAACCAAAGGCAAGAGCAACAAGGAGCUGGAGGGCAGCUGCAGGAAGGACAACAGCUCGGUCACCUGCUCGGGGCUGGGGGACUGUGUGUGUGGGCAGUGCUGCUGCCACACCAGCGACGUGGCCAACAAGCUGAUCUACGGCACCUACUGCGAGUGUGACAACAUGAACUGCGAGUUCCACAACGGCUUCCCCUGCGGCGGCAAAGAACGCGGGAGCUGCGACUGUGGGGAGUGCAAGUGCUUGCCCGAGUUCGAGGGCAGUGCCUGCCAGUGCAAGAAGUCGACCGAGGGCUGCCUGAACGAGCGGCGNNNGGUGUGCAGCCUGCGCGGGACCUGCCACUGCAACCGCUGCCAGUGCCGCGACGGGUACCAGCCCCCGUUCUGCCAGGAGUGCCCCACCUGCCCCUCGCCUUGCGGCACACACCUCUCCUGCGUGGAGUGCAAGGCCUUCCAGAGCGGCCCCUUUGAGAAGAACUGCUCCGAGGCCUGCCCUGACAUCUGGGUGACCGAGGGGUUGACAGAGGAGGGCAAGCCCUGCAGGGAGAAGGACUCCAACAACUGCUGGAUCUCCUUCCGCAUGGUCCAGGGAGAUGGCAAGAUGUUUAACGUCACCUACGAUCCUAACAGAGAGUGCCCGGAGCCUCCCAACAUCGCCCUGAUCGUGGGUGGCACCGUGGCUGCCGUGGCCCUCAUCGGCCUGGUGCUCCUGCUGAUCUGGCGGCUCUUGACGGAGCUGUUUGACCGCCGGGAAUACCGCCGCUUCGAGAAGGAGAAGUCCAAGGCCAAGUGGAACGACGCUGAUAACCCCCUCUUCAGGAGUGCCACCACCACAGUUGUGAACCCCAGGUUCAGCGAGCAAUGA